UACUUCUUUCCUUCCUCUCUUCACGCCUCCUCCUCUCCUGCAGCAGCCGCCAUCCCCUCACGCGACAUCAUCCCAGCUUCUCUAGCCACGAUGACGCUGCAUCAAUACGACUACAUCUUUGCCAUCGGCACUCUGUUUGCCAUGCUGGAUGCCUACAACAACGGUGCCAACGAUGUUGCGAACUCCUGGGCCACGAGUGUCUCCUCCCGCUCCGUCUCCUACCGUCAAGCCAUGAUCUUCGGAACCGUCUUUGAGAUGCUGGGCGCCAUCUGUGUCGGAGCCCGUACCGCCGAUACCAUCAAGAACGGAAUCAUCCCCAACUCCGCCUUUCAGGGAAACGCGGGGGUGCAGAUGCUGGCUUUCACCUGCGCCCUGGCCGCUGCCUCCUCUUGGGUGAUGUGGUGUACGCGACACUCUGCCCACGUCUCCUCCACCUACUCGCUCAUCUCCGCGGUCGCUGGUGUCGGUGUGGCCACGGUCGGCGCCUCCCAGGUACAAUGGGGAUGGAACGACGGCAAGGGAAUGGGCGCCAUCCUGGCGGGUCUAGGCAUGGCUCCCAUUAUCUCCGGCUGCUUUGGCUCCAUCAUCUUCAUGCUCAUCAAGGUGGUCGUGCACAUGCGGAAGAACCCUGUUCCCUGGUCGGUCUACACCUCUCCCCUCUGGUUCCUGAUUGCCGCCACUGUCUGCACCCUCUCCAUUGUCUACAAGGGUUCGCCCAGCCUGGGUCUGAGCAAGAAGCCUGGAUGGUACAUCGCGGCCGUGACCAUGGGCACCGGCGCCGGGGUGGCAGUGCUGUCGGCUAUCUUCUUCCUCCCCUUCGUCCACGCCCGUGUCAUCAAGAAGGACCCCAACGUCAAGUGGUGGAUGUUCGUCUACGGCCCUCUGCUUCUGCAGCGACCCGCCAACCCCAGCUCUGAGUCCGCCAAGGUCCCCAACUACGCCGUCAUCCAAGAGGAUGAGUUCCCCUCCCCGCCCGGCUCGCCCGAGACCCUCAAGGGCGCCGACGCCGACGUGGACGCCGUUCACAAGGCCUCCACCAGCGGCGAGAAGGAGCUCGUCGCCUCUGAAGCCCAGCAACUCACCUACAAGGAGCUCAUGGCCCAGUCCGACGGCCGUCUCCGCGCCCGUCUGCUGCAGAAACGCGGCCCACUGGGCUGGGCGAUGCGCACCCUUCGCGACAACCCGAUGGGUCCCGGUCAGCUUUACGAGUUCCGCAACAUGGCCAUUCUCGCCAAGCGCAUUCCCGCCAUGAUCGUCUGCGGAUUGCUGUACGGCAUGCACUACGACAUCCACGCCGCUCAGAGCGGGAUCAACGGCACUCCCGAGGGCGACCGCAUGCAACGAGUCUACGCGCACGCGACCAAGUACCCGAACGAGGUCGAGCACACCUACUCCUUCGUCCAGGUCCUGACGGCCUGCACGGCCAGUUUCGCCCACGGUGCCAACGACAUCGGUAACUCCGUUGGGCCCUGGGCCGUCAUCUACUCCGCCUGGAGCACCGGCAGUGCCGCCCAAGCCAAGGCUCCCGUUCCAGUGUGGCAGCUGGCGGUGCUGUCGGCGUGUAUCUCCAUUGGCUUGAUCACCUACGGGUACAACAUCAUGAAGGUCAUGGGCAACAAAAUCACCUACCACUCCCCUAGCCGCGGCUGCUCGAUGGAACUCGGCGCCGCUCUCACCGUUCUCGUCUUCUCGCAGUACUCUCUGCCCGUGUCGACCUCGAUGUGCAUCACAGGCGCCACGGUUGGCGUCGGACUGUGUAACGGCACAUGGCGCGCGGUGAACUGGCAGCGGGUGGGGCUGUUGUUGACCGCGUGGAUUUUGACCUUGCCCAUUGCAGGGACACUGGGUGGGUGUCUGAUGGGGUUGUUCAUCAAUGCGCCGCAUUUUGCUUCAUAGUGGGCAGGGUCGGGCUGAUGGGGAAGUGUAAUUAGACCUUUUCUUUUGUGUGAUGCCCGGUGGUCAGAUGGCUGCCAUGUUUAUUGGAGGGGGUAAUGUACAUUUUAGUAAUGCAAAAAUGGGUUUCUUUGG